CCUGCUUCUUCAGAGAAGACAGAGUCAGGAGUGAGGAGUGACUUUUCAUCUUCUGGGGCUCGAGGACCUCUUGGACGGCCGCGUGAUUCCCGCCUAGCUCUGACCGAGUUGUCCCUCCGUGCCUCCCUCCCUGCCUCCCUGCCUCCCUCCUCGUGUCUGUCCCAGUCUCCGGACCCUGGUCAUUGAGUUGCCCGUGGGGCUGGAUUUCCGCGUGGUCGUCGGACUUAAUCGGGCUUAAAAAGGCCAGGUCAAUAUGAAUAAGGCCAAUGUGGCGGGGCUCUUGGGCCAAACGCUGGAUCCCAAUUUGCAGAAGAAUGCCGAAGCUCAAUUGGACCAGAUGCAAAAGAUCAUCGGGUUUCCCCUCACCCUCAUGGAGAUUGUCAUGGACGGUAACGCCUACAAUUUGGCCACCCGCCAGUCGGGCGUGAUUCUCCUCAAGCGAUUGAUUAUGCACUCGUGGUCGGAAAAGACCUUUAAUCCCAUUGAGGGCGGCACGCCCCCGUUUUCCAUUCACGAGCAGGAUCGGGCGUGUAUUCGGCAACACUUGGUCAACGCCGUCAUUGGCGCGCCCGAGGCCCUACGGAUCCAGUUGGGCGUGUGCGUGGCCACUGUCAUCAAGGCCGAUUUUCCAGGCCGUUGGCCGGAUGUGGUGGAUCAAAUCAACCAUCAUCUCUUGGCCACGGGCUCGGUCGAGUCGGUGAUUGGCGCACUCUUGGUCGAGUACCAAUUGGUCAAGGCCUACGAGUACAAGAAGCGCGAGGAUCGGGCUCCUUUGCACGACGCUAUGCGACUGUUGAUGCCGGGCACCAUUCAGUUGCUGAAUAAUUGCAUGCAAGAUGGCUCGGUGGCCAGUGCCGAAGUCCGCAAGCUCAUUCUCAAGAUCUUCUUCGCGCUCACGCAAUACUUGCUGCCCUUGGAUCUGUUGCCCAAAGAGUCGUUAAAAGCCUGGUUGGAGCGGGUGCGUCACGUGCUGCUCUUGCCCGUGCCUGAAGCCACCUCGGCUGUGGAUGAGGAUGAGCGCCCGCAGCUCAUCUGGUGGAAGGAAAAGAAGUGGGCCAUGCAUAUCUUGACCCGCUUCUUUGAGCGCUACGGCUCGCCCGGUAAUGUCCAAAAGGAGUACAAGGACUUUGCUGAGUAUUACCUGAAAGAGUUCUCCGAAGAGACGCUCAAGAGCAUCUUCCAGGUGUUGGAAUACCACUUAAACGGCACCUAUGUCAGUCCUCGGGUCUUGCAGCAAGCUCUCAACUACAUGAACACUGGCGUGUCGCAUUCGCUCACUUGGAAAUUCAUCAAACCCUACGCACCCCGAUUGAUCGAGGGCAUUAUCUUCCCACUCAUGUCCUACAGUCAAGAGGACGCCGAGCUGUGGGAAGUCGAUCCGUACGAGUACAUCCGCAUCAAGUUCGACAUCUUUGAAGAUUUCGUCUCACCCGCCACGGCCGCCCAGACUUUGUUGCACUCCAUGUGCAAGAAACGAAAGAACGUGCUCAACGUCACGAUGGAUUUCCUCAUGAACGUGGUGAGAAACGAGACGGCCACGGCCUCGCAAAAAGACGGCGCGCUUCACAUGAUCGGCACCAUGGCUGACAUUCUGCUCAAGCAGAAGAUGUAUAAAGACAAGUUGGAGGAGUUUCUCACCCAGAUCAUCUUUCCCGAGUUCGCUAAUCCCUUGGGACACAUGCGAGCUCGAGCCUGUUGGAUGCUACACUAUUUUGCCGACAUUCGAUUCAAGAACAAGGCUGUCUUGGGCGAGGCCUUCCGAUUGACCAUUCAUUGUUUGUUGAAUGAUAAGGAUAUUCCGGUCAAGGUGGAAGCUGCCAUUGCCCUGCAAAUGAUGCUCACCAGUCAGGGUGACACGGCCAAGGCAUUCCUUGAACCGCAGAUCGGACAGAUUACGCUUGAACUCUUGAACAUCAUCCGGGAUACGGAGAACGACGACCUCACAUCGGUCAUGCAAAAAAUUAUCUGCUCCUACUCGGAACAGUUGACCCCCCUCGCCACCAACAUCAGUGAGCACCUAGUGGAAACUUUUAUCAAGGUGGUGACGGAAGGGAACGACGAAAGUGAUGACAAGGCCAUCACGGCCAUGGGUCUCUUGAACACACUAGAGACGCUUCAUUCCGUGAUGGAAGACAACGAGAAUGUUCGCAACCAAUUGGAGCCCAUUCUCCUCAAAGUCAUCCACCACAUCUUCUCCAACUCCAUCAUGGAGUUCUACGAGGAAGCUCUGACCCUCUCUUGUAACAUGACCACGAUCGCCAUUAGUCCAAACAUGUGGAGCGUCCUGGAGUUGAUCUACCAGGCCUUCCAGCGAGAUGCCAUUGACUACUUCACGGACAUGAUGCCCGUUCUCCACAAUUUUAUUACAACCGACACGAACGCUUUCCUCAGCAAGUCUGAAUACUUGAUGGCCAUGUACAACAUGAGCAAGACGGUGUUGGAGAACGAUUCUGGAGAGGACCCCCAGUGUCAUGCGGGCAAAUUGUUGGAAGUGAUCAUCCUCCAAUGUACGGGCCGAAACAUUGAUCAAGCCAUUCCCCUCUUUGUGCAGCUCACAUUGGCCAGACUCAGUCAGGAGAUCAAGACCUCCGAGUUGAGGACCAUGUGCUUGCAAGUGAUCAUUGCCGCCCUCUUAUAUGACCAGCAGGUGUUUAUGAACAGCAUUCAAGCGAGUGCCUCGACCCAUCCUCCUGAGGUCAUUCUCAAGAACUUCCUUCACCAAUGGCUUAGCGAUGCGGACUGUUUCAUCGGAGUGCACGAUCGUAAGUUGAGCAUCCUCGGCCUCUGCACGAUCAUGUCUGUGCCUCAAAUGCCUGGAGUGGGUGAGAAUGCCCCGCGAUUCUUGCCGGCCCUGGUCAUGCUCUUUGACGGACUCAAAAGAGCCUACGAGCUCCAGGAUGACUCGGAUGAUAAUGACUCGAAUUCGGGGAACGCCAGCUUGGAUGACGAGGACGCUUUAGAAUCGGACGAGGACGAGAUUGACGAGACCUCGAAUGUCUAUCUGGAAAGUCUGAGUGAAAAGUUGAACAAAUCAUCCGGAGGCCAAUUUCAGCUGAACGCCUCUGUGGAGAAUGGCGAGGAUGAUUGGGAUUCGGACGAUGAGUUCUAUGAGGAAGCUUCGCUGGAGAACUACACCACGCCCAUUGAUGAUGAAGAUGCCGUGGACGAGUACCUCAUCUUCAAGACCACCCUCGAGAAUGUCGAGAAGGUCGACCCCAAAUGGUACGCCCAAGUCAUAGCCCCUCUUAACGAGGAGAUGAAGCAUCAAGUCCAGACCAUUUUGACCACUUACGAACAACGGAAGGCGGCCAAGGAGAGCAAAUCUAUCGAGAAACAAGGAGGUUACGUCUUCGAUCAGCAAUCCGUUCCGUCUCAGUUUUCCUUUGGCGCCAAUGGGAACAAAUUCAAUUUCGGUUAGCGUAUAACCAAGGGUUGACGCAAAUAUUGGCACAUCAUUAUCAUCGUAACAGAAUAUUUUAUAUAUCAAAUCGAAUGCCAGUAUAUUCAUCAACAUACAAGGUGUGUUUCCUCACUGUUCUGACCCAAAGGCUUCAUUCCUACACCUAAUGUGUCAACUUGAUUGUCUGUCAUGAUCUGGGAGGUCAGCACCGUAGGCUUAAUUUGGGACUUUGCCUUAAAUUGUCCCUCAAACAGGGCUGUUAUUCACCACUGACCUACAUCACACUGGAAUGACAUUGAGGUGUAUUAGAAAGACUUGGCUAAAAAUAAAAAAAGGGGCAAAAACGAA